CAUACGAAGCUUCGUCUUCUUCUCAACCAUCAAUCAAUCUUGGAGAUCAAACAAUGGAAUCCAUAGCUUCAUUCCUCGAGUUCUGAAUAUAAUUAUAUUUCCAGAUUCAUCUAUUUUAUGAUGAAUAUGUACUUUGCUUGUUUGUGAUGAUUAUGUGUUUGAAUUGAUAAUGAUGAUUCAGCUUCAUCUUCCUGUAUUGCCAAUUUUCCUAACUAUUUUGUUUUCGAUCUACAUUUUCUGUUUUGCGUUCGAAGUUGAAGCUUCAGGUUAUUGCAAUAAGUCAGCUAGGAGUUGCGGAAAAAACUCUCUAUCUUAUCCGUUUGGAUUCUCUGACAGUUGCCCCAUUCGCCUGAAUUGCAGUGCCUCCGAUGGCGAAAUCUUCAUAGGAGAAUUCAAAGUGCUGAAUGUUACCGAAGAUAGCAUUCUAGUCAAUAUUCCGAUGAACUGCAACCGUUCGAUUUCGGAUAUUUAUCAGCUCUUCGGCAGCAACUACGCAGUCGAUUCGCAGAACGGUCUUCUAUUAGAAGGUUGUAAUUCGACACCUGAAUACUGUUUUAUACCAAAUAUAUUGGGAGAAGAUAAGAUAGGUUUUCAUAAAUGCGACCAGAUCGGAAGUACUAACAUCAGUUGCUAUUCCGUCGGUGAUAAUCGGACCAGUGAGUUUAUGAGCAUAGAAGAUCUGGAACUGGCUAAUUGCAGGUUUCUUUUAACUUCAGUUGCUAUCGACAUGCCUAACACGUCGAAUUUCACGAUUAAUUCGCCGGUGUCUCUCCGAUUCCAGUCGGUGAAGCUUGGAUGGUGGAUUAUAGGGAAUUGUAGCUGCUCGGAGAAUGCGAUUUGCUUGCCGAUACUGAAUACCGGAGAAGAAGACGGUUUCCGCUGCCAGUGUUUGGAAGGUUUUGAAGGAGAUGGAUUCGCCGACGGCGACCAUUGCCGGAAAGUGGAUAAAUGUCGUGGAGGAUUGUUGUUUGGCCAUUGUGGUAGAUCUACCAAAGCAUUUGUUCUUAUUGGAGGAAUUGUGCUUGGAGCAUCUUUAAUGGCUAUUACUGUAUAUUCCUGGUGUAUCAUCAAACGAAGAUCCAAAUCCAUAAGAAUCCAAAUGAGCGCAAAACGUCUAUUAUCUGAAUUUACAGGCACUUCAUCUGUUCAUCUUCAUCCUUACAAAGAAAUAGAGAAAGCAACCAACUAUUUUUCCGAGAAACAGAGACUCGGAACAGGGGCUUAUGGAACCGUCUAUGCAGGUAAAUUGGUUAACGACGAUUUAGUGGCGAUUAAGAAGAUCAGGCAUCGAGAUGCCACCGAUGGAAUCGAACAAGUUAUGAACGAGAUCAAGCUUCUGUCCUCGGUUAGCCACACGAAUCUCGUUCGUCUCCUCGGUUGCUGUAUAGAAAACGGAGAACAGAUUCUCGUAUUCGAGUUCAUGCCGAAUGGGACAUUAGCGCAGCAUCUUCAACGUGAAAGGGGAAAAGAUGGACUACCAUGGAGAACGCGGUUAGCAAUUGCAACCGAAACAGCUCAAGCAAUCGCAUAUCUACAUUCAAUGAAUCCACCUAUAUUUCAUAGAGACAUCAAAUCCAGUAACAUACUAUUGGAUUACAGUUUCAAGUCGAAAGUAGCUGAUUUUGGUCUUUCUAGAUUCGGUAUCGGAAUUGGUAUUGAUAUUGGUAUUGAGGACAAUUUCCAUUCCCAUGUAUCUACCGCCCCUCAAGGGACUCCUGGUUAUGUGGAUCCACAAUAUCAUCAGAACUUCCAUCUAUCAGAUAAGAGCGACGUUUAUAGUUUCGGAGUUGUUCUAACAGAAAUAAUAACAGGUAUGAAAGCGGUCGAUUUCUCGAGGUCACAUACGGAGGUGAAUUUAGCAGCUUUGGCGAUAGAUGUGAUAGGGAAGGGGCGUUUGGAUGAAAUAAUUGAUCCGUUGAUGGAGCCUUAUCAAGAUGCGUGGACACUUUCGAGUAUACAUAAGGUGGGGGAGAUGGCGUUUCGAUGUCUUGCGUUUCAUAGGGAUAUGAGGCCUUCCAUGAAUGAAGUUGCGGAAGAACUCGAUCAGAUUAGACUCAACGGAUGGGCUCAAUUGGAUAACAACGACAAUACAUGCAUGUCGACGAAUUCAGCGGCGUAUACAUGUUCGUCGCCAUUUAAUGGAAGCGAGAAGUCGUUUAGUAGUAUUUCACAUAAUUCAGUAGUAACGUUGAGGAAGGAAUCGGAAUUUACACGUUAUUGAUUCCUAUUUUGUAUACUAAUUUUAAUAUGGUUAAUAAAUGGCCCACAUUUUAUUUUAAUUUA